GGAAAAGUGAAAUGCGAGCAAAAUUUUAUUGGAAAAAUUUCUAAUAAAAGAAAUUUGUUUUAUUGCUUUACACCAAUGCAAAUCUGUUUCUAUUUUAUUAUUAUUUAGGUAACUAAUUUCCUUCUUGUGUCAUUCAUAAUUACUUUCAUUCGCAGCUUCCAAGUUCCAGCGUGACGUCCCAGUCCAAUCAUGUCCAACUGUCCGAGUAAUCUUGUCCUGAUUUUCUUGUUAUUACGCAAGUAGCCAAGUAUUGCGUGCUACUAACCUAUUUUUAAACGGUUACUUUUGUUGUGUGAAAAAAUUUCUCUUCCAUUUUGUCCUGCUAGGUACAGAAAUAAUUGUGCGAUACCCGUCAUUGAACCUUGUCCGCCUACAUAGUAGGCUACACGGCGACACUGACGCGACAAAAAUACGUUUCAGAAAAAAUGGGGCGAUAUUCCGGAAAGAAAUGUCGCUUGCUUUCAAUGAUUGCCCUUACCACCAGUUUUUUCGUCAUUGAGUUGGUUGUUGGAUAUGUCACGAAUUCAAUGGCCUUAGUAGCUGAUAGUUUUCACAUGCUCAGUGACGUAGUUUCAAUUGUUAUCGCCUUUCUUUCAGUCAAGAUGUCGCCAAAGAAGUGGUCAAAGAAUACCUUUGGAUGGGCUCGAGCUGAAGUCCUCGGUGCCCUGGUUAACUCAGUGUUCCUUAUUGCUUUGUGUUUCUCUAUCCUAGUCGAGUCUCUGAAAAGAUUCAUUGAAAUUGAAGAGAUUCAUGAUCCUCAACUCAUUCUUGUUGUUGGCUGCAUUGGCCUCUUUGUGAAUCUUAUUGGCCUUUUGCUUUUCCACGAGCACGGCCAUAGUCACGGAGGCAAAAGUCACGGACACAGCCAUGGAGGCGGUGGCAGCAGCCACGGGCACAGCCACAGUGAUGGUCAUGGUCAUGGCCAUUCACACCUGCAGCACGGGCAUUCUCAUCUUGCCCAGUUAGCCGAUAUUGACGACAAUGAAAACGACGCUGUAUACGAGCUUGAGAAUUCGCCCCACGCCAAUUCGAAAACUGCCAAAACCAAAAAGUCCAAACCCAAAAACCUCAACAUGCACGGAGUCUUCUUGCACGUCCUAGCCGAUGCUCUCGGAUCGGUUGUCGUCAUUGUUUCUGCCCUCGUCAUUUGGCUGACGGAAUGGGAGUACAAACUGUACGUUGAUCCCGCUCUCAGCGUGGCCAUGGUCUGCCUGAUUAUGUGGUCCACUUGGCCAUUGUUGCACGAGUCUGCCUUGAUUCUACUGCAAACCGUCCCGACUCACAUCCAGUUGGACGACAUUCAGCGCAAAUUGCUUAGCCAAGUUGAAGGAGUUUUGGCAGUCCACGAAUUUCACGUCUGGCAGCUGGCAGGAGAUCGGAUUAUCGCUUCAGCUCACAUUCGGUGCCGCAAUCUGUCGGACUAUAUGAAAAUCGCCGAGAGGGUCAAAGAAUUUUUCCACAAUGAAGGAAUUCACUCGACUACCAUCCAGCCAGAAUUCACUGAACUUCCUGGAGACGAAAGUGCCAGCGAGACAGAGAGUUGCGCAUUGGAUUGCCCAGCCAAAGAGACGUGCGAAGCCAACACUUGCUGCGGUCCAUCCAAACAGGGUCGAGAGACUGAACAGUUACUGGAAAUCACUGCCAACGAUUGCCGUCAGCGUUCGACAGCCAACGGACUGGCCAACCGGAUCGUGGCGCCCAAUCCAUUGCCAAGAGCGGAUGAAAGCGGAGCGGACGAGUUGAUGCUGGCCAAUUCGUGCUGCGCCGAGCAAGAAGCGGCGGCUCAUUCACGUUUACUUCAUGACGUCAAUUCCAUUGCAAUCAAGUCCUGAUUUUUAUUCAACAGAAUCCAGCCAUCCUUUUUUGGUUUUAUCACAAGUUUGACUGAAACAAACUUGACAAAAGUGGAAAAUUUUUUAUAAACAAAAGUGCUAAGCGAUCCCAACCUAGAAUUUUUUUGCGUUUAUAUUCGGUUGAUAAUUGUUUGUUUUUUAAAAACAGAUUUGCUCCAUCCAAAAAAUGAAUUUUGAUGGUGUCAUGUUCCUCUCAAAAUACGCGUCGAGUCUCUCAAUCCUCGACGUGUGUGUCACUUUUUUUUUUUUUUUGAAAUUGUGUACAAACAAACUGCCGGCCUUUGUUGCCGUAUUGUCUGUGUUGACUCGAGUAGUUUUUUUCUUUUUUGUUGUUUGUUUUGUUUCACUCUUUUUUAUCGUCUCGUUCUCCGUCGAAACAAAAUUUUGCUUAAUCCAAUCACUUUUGAGUGUGGCCUGAAAUUGUUUUGUCCUUCUUCUUCUUGUCUAUAAACUUUCAAUGUCGUCCCCUCACACAAUCUUUUUUUAUCUUGUAUUUGUGACAUUGAUAUAUAAUGCAAUUAGACAUUCAAA